AUGUCUAGUCGACAACCCUUGAUUGACUUUGACCCUCUGCUUCAAGGACACAAUGCAAGGCCAUCUUUAGUACCAACUCAGUCGCUGAGUUCCAAGAUCUACAAAGCGGUGAUAUCGCCGUUCCAAAAGCUUCAGUCGCUCUUCCCAAGAGUAUCUGGAACAUUCGAUGUAAACUUCACAACACAAGAUGGACGCCGAAUACUGCAUCUAAAAGCUGAGAUUGGUGAAACAAGCAAAGAGUUUGAUACGACAAACUGCGCUACUACAACAUUCCACAAGUUCAAUAAGCUUCCCGUUGAGCUGCGAACAAUGACUUGGAUUGUCUUUACGAGAGCCAAGAAUCUUACGACUGGCCCCAACAAUGUAGCAGUGGACUGGCCCGGUGGAGAUGAAACGGAUAUAGAAGAGGUAAUGGACGAUAUUAGGCGCAUGUUUCCGGGUUGCAGGAAGGUUUUGUUUGUCAUGAGGCACCAUCCUCUGCCUGAUACAGAUGCCCGGUUUACCAAAGUCAAGGACGAUGAUGACAUGAACAUUGAAUACGAUGAAGACUGGUUUCACUGGGGACACAUCCGACCACAACUUCGUGAUUCAUGGCCAACUUAUAGCAGCAGUGGUCCGCCAGAAUUGGAGGCAGUGGAGGUUGUGCCUGUUCGCGAUGAAACCAACCACCCUUGA